AGCACCAAGUGCGACGCCCCAGCAGCUCCCAAGCAGCUGGAGUGAAAAUGGCCGGACAGGAGGAUCCAGUGCAGAGGGAAAUACACCAGGAUUGGGCUAAUCGCGAGUAUAUCGAAGUGAUUACGAGCAGCAUCAAGAAAAUAGCCGACUUCCUCAACUCGUUUGAUAUGUCCUGCAGGUCCCGUUUGGCCACGCUGAACGAGAAGCUGACGGCCCUGGAGAGAAGGAUCGAGUACAUCGAGGCCAGAGUUACAAAAGGGGAAACGCUGACCUAACCUUCCUGACGCUGAAGACGAGACAAAAUGGCUACACUCCAUUUUUUUUUUUUUUUUUUUUUUUCCCUCUUUUCUCAUUCACCUUAAAUAACCAAGCGACUGUUUUUCGACCAGCCUUUUAAAGCCCCAGUUAGGAACUGCUGACACAGUGCUACGCCGCUUCGGGACUCAAAAAGGGAACGUUAAAAACCUCUAGGUAUCGUACGGUUAGAAAGGGUCGGCUCCAGCUGUAGCAGUUCCUCACUGCGGCUUUAACAUGUGGGACCAUGAGUAACGUGUGAACAUUUUUCUUUUCCACAAUUUCUGCCUCAGUAUAAACAGUUGUUCUGUUUUUUUUUUUUUUUCUUUUUUUUUUUUUUGGAUCGUCAGUCGACUUGUUACUGUCUCUGUGGUGCUUGCACGUACGUCUGGUCCUUCAUCGUGUCCCGAUUAAAUUUUAUUAUUAUUAACUGGGAAAUUCAGACACUAAACAUAUAUAUUGGAUAAAAUGUAUAGUGUACGAUGAGCGAGUAUGAUGGGGGGGGAUUUCAAAAUGGUUAGUUUUUUUUUUUUUUAAACACAAACUAAAACAAAAAUGUAAGUUGUUUACUCUGCCCCAUGUGUGUGUGUGUGUGUGUGUGUGUGUGUGUGUGUGUGUGUGUGUGUGUGUGUGUGUAAGUAACCGUUUUCUGUAUAUAUUUUGUAACUGUUGGAAUGCAAAAGCCUGCGUUCGCAGAAACACCCGUGCCCUGUGACGGUUUCUCACGCAAUAGCACAUCUUCACACGGCGAGGGCGAGUGCGUGUGGGGCGAGAGGCUGGAGGAGUUACUCAAGUGCCAAUUUAGAUCGUGUGGAAGUGACGGCGGCCUCUCUACAGCUGAUUUUGUGUUUUAAUGCUCAUACUUUGAUGUAUUGUGGUUUAAAAAAAAAAUAAAAGAACAUGUUACAUAA